AUGGCGACAAGGUUGCUCAGACGGGCAAUAACUAGGGUUCCGGCUUCGGUGCCGGCGGCGAGAGUAAUCCUAAAUCGGGUCCACUCGUCGGAGGCCAAGGCCCAAUUAGUGGAGCCUAGUUCAAAGUCCACCAGCUACAUCAAGACCUUCCAAAUCUACAGAUGGAACCCGGACAGUCCUCAGAAGCCGGAACUGCAAAACUACGAUGUUGACCUCAAGGAGUGUGGCCCAAUGGUCUUGGAUGCCCUAAUCAAGAUCAAGAAUGAGGUCGAUCCUACAUUGACAUUCCGGCGAGAUAAAAUUGAAAGCUGA